AUGGCUAAGGAGAUGAGAUGGUAUGAUCAUUCCGUUUUUUACCGAUUUCGUGCCCAAGUUUUCGUCUUCAUGUUUGGCUGCUCAGUCACCAUUCUUCCGAUACUCUGUCUCGUUUACUACACAAGACAAUUUAUCUACCCACUCUUCCGGAUGACGUUUGGCAAUGCAAUCGAUGACGCGCAGAGCCGUUACUGCUUCUUGAGCAUUCUGCUUUACACCAUUUACUGGAUCUGGGAUAUUGAAACGCCCUACCGAGGGGGACGCCGUAUAAUGUGGAUAAAGGAACUUGCACUAUGGAAGUGGAUGGCACAGUACUUUCCGGCUCGUUUAGUGGCAUCGAGGGAGCUGCAGAAGUGGGCGAGCGAACAGGGUCAAACUGUGAAUGAAAAAGACACAGUUGUACGUCUUCCUACCUCCGUUAAUUAUCUCCUGGGAUACCAUCCUCAUGGACCCUUGGCAGCAGGCAUGCUCAUGACAUGUGGUUUUGACGCUUUGAAUUUCUCCAAGUUCUUUCCAGAUAUUAAACCUCACAUGGCCACUUUGAACGUGCACUAUAAAGUCCCAUUCUUCCGAGAAUUCGCUUUGCUUGCAGGCGGUGUCUCCGUUAAUCAAGAGAGUCUGACCUACUUGUUGGACAGGGAACUGACAGGAAAGACAGGUAACCUGGUUGCAGUCUCCGUAGGGGGAGCAAUCGAAGCUCUGGAAUCUCGACCGGGUCAAUACGUUCUCAUGUUUAGUAGGCGUCGAGGCUUCUUCCGCAUGGCUCUAAGAACAGGGGCCUACCUGGUUCCUUCUAUUGGCUUUGGAGAGACAAGUAUGUAUAAUCAAGUCGCGAAUUCCACGGGCUCUGCUCUGCGAAAGCUUCAGGAUUGGUUCACACGUACAUUCACAUUAGCUCCUCCCCUCUUCUACUCCACGUGUAUCAUCCCAUACCGGAAACCUCUCACUGUUGUUGUUGGUCGGCCCAUAGUGUGCAAGCGAACUCCUCAUCCAACAGAGGGAGAGAUCGACAACCUCAGAGAGGAAUACAAGGAAGAACUGAGGGCGAUGUUUAACAAAUACAGACCGAUCUACGAUCCUACUGCGGAGGACAUUCGCUUUUUCUGA